AACAUAGCUUAGACAUGAGAAUAACAUUUAGGUUAUAAUUCAUUCCGAAGUUCCUUGUAGUUCCAUUCUUAGAUAGUACUGCGAAUUCAGUUCUAGUAGGUUCGUUUUAAAUUCGGUUAGAUAGAGAGAGGAGCUUGGACGGUGGUGAGCCUUUAACGUGCGUUAGAUAGGGGCCUCGUAAACCUACGCCUGGGUCGCAAAUCCCGUGGACCCGGGACUACGGUGAAUCCAUGGAAUUCUGAAGAGUUUCGUCCCUGUCUAAUUUAUUCCAAAAAUAGUCACUCAUUUAAUAUAUACUUAAUAGUAUAUUGCAACAAGACUACAUCCUUCCAUAAUUUGUGGAAGAUUGUAUUCAACUUGAUGUAUGUAUGUCAAACUAGUAUCAGUAAUUAUUUUUUUUAGCAAUUUAAAAUUUAGACGUGCAAACCACGGACAAAACUUUUAUCUAUUAUAUUAACAAGACCAGUAAAUAUACAAAAGGGAAAGAUUGUAUUAUGUGGAAAAUAUACAUAUUGGAUAUGUACAAUUUAUUUACAACAUAAAAGCCUGCAACUGAAGUAAAAACGCAGUCCUCAAGAAGUCACUUCGUAAGGAGGAGCAAAUAAUUAUUUGAAUUUUAAAAUAUGUUUCGACCUUUGCGCCCGGCCCUACAAGAGAAAGCAAUCAGAGAGGUAUUUGAAAAGCCUGACAGAAUAACGUCUGAUAUCAAAACCCUCAGGGAAUGGCUCGAAAAGCAGCCGCAUUUACAAGCAGUUAAUCCUUCUGAUCAAUGGCUCUUGUCAUUUUUAAGAGGAAAUAAAUUCAGUCUGGAAAAAACUAAAGAGAAAUUGGACAUGUAUUAUGCAUUAAAAAAUAUCGUGCCAGAAAUUUUCAAGUAUCGAGAUCCAUUCGAUCCAAAAAUUCAAGAAAUCUUAAAACUCGGACCGUAUCUACCUCUCACAUCACUUACUUCGGAUGAUGGACAGCGAUUUUGUGUUACCCGCUUUGGAUUACAUGAUCCAAAUAAGAUCCACAUAUUCGAUAUCUUAAAGGUGAUAAUUAUGAUAAUUGAAAUACUCAUGUUUGAAGAUGACAAUUUUAUUAUUUCUGGAGAGAGUUUAUUUAUUGAUCUGAAAGAUGUUAGUCUAAUUACUUUUAGUCAAUGGACUCCCAACGUUGCAAAAAAAAUUUUAGUAUGUGUGGAGAAAGCUCUUCCAGUUCGAAUGAAAAGUUGCCAUUUGUUGAAUAUUCCUCCAGGAUUUGACACGGCAUUUGCUAUAUUUAGGGCUUUUGUCAGUGAGAAACUUAAAAAUCGAGUUCAUGUGUACAAGAAAAAUUAUGAAGAAAUCUUUAAUACAAUUCCCAAAAAUAUUUUACCAAAAGAAUUGGAUGGAGAAACUGGCACAUUACAAGAAAUUGCCGACUACUGGAAAGCAAAGGUUGAAAGUUAUAGAGACUGGUUUCUCAACGAAGAAGAAUGUUCGGAUGAGUCUUUAAGACCAGGAAAACCUAGAUCUUCUUCGAGCAUUUUUGGUGUAGAGGGUUCUUUUAGACAACUAGAUGUAGACUAGAGAAUUUUUUAUUAUUUGUUUAGAUAAUACUAUUCUAUGUGAUGGUUGGAGGUUUUAUAAAAAUAUGGAAGUUUUAACAAAAUAGGCUUUUUUCUGGUAAUGUUAUAAGUAUAAAAUAGGUGGUUACAUAAAUAAAGUGCAAAAAAAUCAUGUUAAUUUCACUAGAAAUUAACCAAGUGACAAAAUUGUUUGUGACAAAAUAAUAAUUUUACUUAUUUAACAUUAAAUAAUUUUAUUAUGCCAUAAAAAUGUCGUACUUGACAUUAAUUAUACCUACUAUUUAAAUUAUUAUACGACAUAUUUAUAAAGUGUAGGCGACCUUGUAAUCGUUAGUGCUAGUUAUAAUGUAAGUGUAGAAGUAAUAAAAGCCGUCACUAGUGUU